UGCGCCGGGAGUUAUUUUACACACGAAAUCGCAUACAGCACACAAGCUUAGUUAAUUGGUAUUUAAACAUUCAAUCCACAUCCAAGCGUGUUCCUUUAGCGAAAGCAACCGAAAUCUUCCCCAACACAGAAAAAUACCCGAAACCCCGAAAUUCUCCAAAAAAAGGAAAAAAAAAAAAAGAAAAAGAAAAAAGAAAAAAACAAUAAUGUUGCAGAGACGUAGACGACGGUGCGAGGGCACGGCCAUGGGAGCCAUCGUUCUCGAUCUUCGUCCCGGCCUUGGAAUCGGACCCUUUUCACUUGGGAUGCCAAUUUGCGAAGCCUUCGCUCAAAUAGACCAGCAACCUAAUAUUUACGAUGUUGUCCACGUGAAGCACUUUGACGAGGAACCUCUAAAACUGGAUAUUGUUAUUAGCUUCCCUGAUCAUGGUUUUCAUCUUCGUUUUGAUCCGGGUUCACAGAGGCUACGCCUAAUUGAAAUUUUUGAUGUAAAACGACUGCAAAUGCGCUAUGCCACUUCUAUUAUUGGGGGACCAUCCUCACUAGCUACUUUUGUAGCUGUAUAUGCACUUUUUGGGCCUACAUUUCCUGGAAUUUAUGAUAAAGAUAGAGGUGUUUACACUCUAUUCUACCCAGGGCUGUCAUUUGCUUUUCCAAUCCCUAGCCAGUAUACAGAUCUCGGGGAAGCUGAAUUACCCUUAGAGUUUCCAGAUGGCACCACACCAGUUACAUGCCGUGUCUCUGUGUAUGAUAGUUCUACAGACAGAAAAGUUGGGGUAGGAUCCUCAAUGGAUAAGGCUUCUGCUCCUCCACUACCUACUGGAAGCCUCUACAUGGAAGAGGUGCAGGUGAAGCUUGGGGAGGAGUUGUACUUCACGGUUGGUGGUCAGCAUAUUCCUUUUGGUGCAUCACCCCAGGAUGUUUGGACUGAGUUAGGUCGGCCUUGUGGAAUUCAUCAGAAGCAGGUAGACCAAAUGGUAAUUCACUCUGCCUCUGAUCCCCGUCCAAAAACAACACUUUGUGGUGAUUACUUCUACAACUACUUUGCCCGUGGCGUGGACAUCUUAUUUGAUGGACAGACACACAAGAUCAAGAAGUUUGUCUUGCAUACAAAUUAUCCUGGUCAUGCAGAUUUCAAUUCAUACAUAAAGUGCAAUUUUGUUAUUUUUGGUUCUGACCUUGGAGGGUCUUUUCAGGAACCAAGUGACUGCAAACAUAAGAUAACACCGAGCACAAAGUGGGAGCAAGUGAAGGAAAUCCUUGGAGACUGUGGCCGAGCUGCCAUCCAAACACAAGGUUCUGCUUGCAACCCAUUUGGAUCUACUUUAGUAUAUGGCUAUCAAAAUAUUGCAUUUGAGGUGAUGAAAAAUGGCUAUAUUGCGACUGUAACUCUCUUCCAGUCACAAUGAUUUUAUAUGUGGAAUGCUAGCACUUCCUGUGGAAUCAAGUGGGAAAUGUGCGCAGAUGGUGUGGAAAGCAGCAACAACUUGUGUAGAAAACUGUCAUGUGGAGAUUGAAGAUAAAUGUCACGGUGGAUAUUGAUGAUAAAUGUACAGUUAUAUAUUGAUUUGUACAGACUAUAUAUUAACACAGAUCGUAAUUUAAUUGUAACUUGUCUCUCCAAAACAGUUGGUGAUCAUGUUUCUCAAGAUUUAAUUAAUAUUAUCAGUUGGAAGUCCAAAUUGAAAUCGUA